AUGCCUAGUUUCGAUGUGACAAUUAUUGGGGCCUUAGGUGGUCCACAAGAAGGCGACACCCAGUGUUUAAUGGUUAGACCUUAUGGUUACCAGGGUUUAGGUUCCAUAUGUUUAGAUGCAGGGGCCGGUUUAACUUCGAUAAUACACAUAUUGGCAGAUUGCAAGAAAUACAAAUAUCAAGAUUCUGAAUUAUUUAAAUUAAAAUCAAUCUCAAGUUUUUACAACAACGACUAUGAGCCUGCAUGGAAAUUUUUUAAUCCAGAUUCACCCAUUGGGUUUGGUUUCCCGCAGGAAAUGAGAGAUAUAUUAUUAUCCAAAAAUUUAGGACAAAUUCAAAAAGAAGGUCUUGCAGUGUUCCAAGGAAUUAAUGAAUAUUAUAUUACACAUUCACAUUUAGACCAUAUUUGUGGAAUGGUUACUAACUCCCCUUCAGCAUUUGAAAAACAUUUCCCAUCAAGAAAAUCGAUAUUUGGUUUAAAUUCAACAAUACAGUCACUAAAGAGAAACAUAUUUAAUGAUGAAAUAUGGCCUGAUUUAACAAUGGGUAAUAAAGGAGGCAUUAUAUUGAACGAACUCCAUGCAUAUGUUCCUCAGCACUCAAAGAUAUUCGAAAAUUUUGAAAUUAUCCCUCUACCAGUUUGUCAUGGUAAAGCUGUCAACCCACCAAAUCAAAUUGUCUUCAGCACACUUUAUUUAUUUAAAAAUUUAGCAACUAAUGAUUGUAUCUUAAUAGGUGGCGAUAUGCAAAGUGAUAAUCUCGAUUCUAAUAAUGGCCCCAAUCAUGAAGAGGCUGACAACAAUAAUGUCUCAUAUACCAAUAAGAUAAAAAAUGGACAAGUCACUAUUGAUUAUUUGCAAAAAGCUUGGGAAUAUGUGGUAGAAAAUGUCCCUUUAAUAAAUUUAAAGGGAAUAUUCAUCGAAUGUUCAAGUUCUAUGGACGUUAAUAAAUCCCAUUUAUAUGGCCAUAUGUCCCCUAUAUUUUUGAUAAAUGAAUUGAAAAAUUUUGUUAACCUUUAUAAACAAAGAUGGAAUUUAAGUGAACCACCUGACUUGGAUUUAGAUGUUGUUAUUAUGCAUGUAAAAAUGUCAUACUCAGAAAUAGAUCCGAGACUAAAGAUUUUGGAUGAGAUUAAAACACUUGCAGCCGAAAAAGGUAUAAAAAAGACAAGGUUUUCGAUGGCAUUGAAGGGCUUUACUUUUUCACUUUAA